AUGCCUAAAGUCUGUCAAGGCUUCGGCUUGCAUGUUAUGAUAGCAAUCAAUUAUAGUGGACGACAUGAUAUAUUACGAGCAACCAAAAGGAUUGCCAGUAAAGUAAAUAAUGGACAUUUAGCUGUACAAGACAUCGACCAGGGCCUCUUUGAACAAGAACUGGAAACUCGUUGUGCCCAAUUUCCUGAAUCAGAUUUGUUAAUUCGAACAAGUGGAGAGCAAAGAGUUAGCAACUUCAUGUUAUGGCAAUUAGCUUAUACUGAACUCUAUUUUGCAAAGAAGUUGUUCCCUGACAUGGAAGAAGUUGAUUUUAUUGAGGCUUUAAUGUCGUUUCAGCCAAGACAUAGACGUUAUGAGUGUGCUUCAGCAGGCAUACUUGGGAAUCAGACAGACAAAUUUGCAUUACUUGAUCUUAAGUCCAAAAUAACUGAAGAUCCACAAGGACUCAUGGAUUCUUGGAAUGCCACUCUCAAUGUCUGCCAAUGGGCUGGUGUUACAUGUGGCCAUAAACAUCAAAGGGUCAUUUCUUUAGAUCUCAAAGGCCAUAGAUUGGCUGGCACUAUAUCACCUAGCAUUGGCAAUCUUUCAUUUCUUCGAAUUCUUGACAUCUCGGAUAACUCCUUUCAUGGUCUAAUCCCUCCAGAUCUUGGCCAAUUGAUCAGACUUCAAACCAUGAACUUAAGCUUCAACUUCUUGGGAGGUGAAAUCCCGUUUACCCUGUCUCGUUGCGCUAACGUUGUUAACCUUGUUCUAGACCAUAAUAUCCUUGAAGGACACAUUCCUACUGAACUUGGUUCAUUGACAAAGCUGGAAAUGUUGUACCUCAAGAACAACAAUCUCACAGGAAAUGUUCCAGAUUCUAUUGGAAAUCUUACAUCUCUAACAGAGCUUUACAUUUCCUACAAUGACUUGGAAGGUGAAUUACCUGAAACAAUUGUCAAUAUGAGAAGCUUGAUUGAGUUAGGUGUGUCAGUGAACUCUCUUUCCGGAGAGUUUCCCCCUGCACUCUACAAUCUUUCAUCCCUUCAACUUAUAAGCUUGUCAUUUAACAAGUUCAGAGGCAGUCUUAGACCAGAUAUUGGCCUUGCCUUCCCAAAUCUUCAGAGACUGUAUUUGGCAAACAAUUACUUCACUGGUUCAAUACCAGCUUCAUUGUCCAAUUGUUCAGGUCUUCUGCGGCUUGAUAUUCCUAUAAACAAUUUCACGGGAAAUAUACCAUUGAGUUUUGGAAACCUCAAGAAUCUCUUAUGGCUUAAUAAAGCUUGA